UGAAUCAGAAAAUAAAAAAAUCAUGGAAACAUCAAAUCAAUCAGAGGUGAAGGUGUAAUUCUCCGUGUCGCCGGUGAGCGGCGCAGUUUGUUGACGGUGUCUCCGCAUCUGUCCGCCUCAUGUCACCUGUUUAACAUCCAGCUGUGAAACAAACACCUGCAACAACAUCUGGAAUCAGCCUCAGACCAGUGUGAGUCCACUUCAGCAGAUACAUGGCGACUCAGCUGACCCCGCAGUCCGUCCUGAGAGAGUUCUGCCCGCUCUACCACCUGCUGAACGCCAUCCCAGCCAAGGUGCAGCGGGGGUUCAGGUCUGUGCUCGUCUACCUGACGGCUGUUGACAGCAGCAGUGACUUCCUGGCGGUGGGCAGCAGUAUCGGCAUGUUGUACCUGUACUGUCGCCGCCUCGCACACAUGAAUAAGUACAGUCUGGAGGGAAAGUGUGAUGCGAUCACAGCUGUAAAGCUGCUCAGCUGUUUUGAUGAUCUGGUUGCUGUAGGAACAGCAUCUGGUCGGGUGUCAGUCUUCCAGCUGGUGUCUCCACUUCCUGGUCGCAACAAACAGUUGAGGCGUUUCGAUGUGAUUGGGCUUCACAAAGGUUCAGUAACAUCACUGGCCUGGAGCACUAACGGGAUGAAACUGUUCUCAGGAGAUGAUAAAGGACGAGUCGUCUUCUCAGCUCUGGACCUGGACCAGGGGCUGUGUAAACCUGUGCUGCUGUUGGAGGAAUCCUCAGGUGUAGUUCAGGUGGCGUACAGUCAGCAGGUGCUGCUGGUGUCAACGCAGCACAGAUCUCUGCUCUACUGUACACAGACACAGGAAGUCCAGCAGCUGGGCUCUAAACCCCGCAAGAGCAGUGGCAGGUUCGGCGCCUGCUUCCUGCCCGCUCUAUGUAAACAGAGCGACCUUCAGGUGUUUGCUGCUCGGCCUGGACUCAGACUGUGGAGGUGUGACAUCACAGGACAGGUGGAGGACACGCGACAGCUCAAACCUCUGUUCAACACACAGAUUCCUCAGUUUCAGUUGUUUCCUCAUCCUGGCCCAGUUGGAGCAUAUCGUCCAGCAGACAGACAGCUCGGGGUGCUCAGCUGUUUCCUCAGAAAGGACUGGAUCCUGAGCUGGAACGAGUACAGCGUCUACGUCGUGGACUGUGUCAGCGAGGUGAUCAUCGGAUCUUUGGAGAGCAGUGGAGACAUUGUAUCAGUGUCGUGUUGUGAGAAUGAGAUCUUCAUCCUGAAAGGAGACAGAGAUGUCAUCCGAUUGUCCAACAGCCCCGAGGGACUGACCUCCAGCUUGUCUGAGCUCUCCAUCCGUUUGUCCUCACCUUUGACCACACCCACCAUCCUUCCACAAACCGGGUCAGUGGAAACAGCUCAGCCAAUCAGAACCAUGGCCAUCAUCGCAGAGGGUGGGGCUAGACAGGAGGGAGGGGGAGGGGCACUUGGUGAGAAGAAAGAGCAAGAGGAGGAGGAAGUGACGGAGGCAGAGGAGCAGCUGGAACAGCUGGAGGUGAUGGAGCAGCUUUGCCGACAGUCCUGUUUGCUAACUGGCAGCUCUCGUAGUUGCAGUUCCUCACAUCCCGUGAGCUCCCGUGAGCUGAGCGGCAGAUGCUACAGUGCCCCCCUGGGUCAGGAAGAGAUGCAACAGGAGCUGGUGGUGAAAGCUGUAAGAGUGAAGAAGAAAAAGAGAAGGCAAGACAGUAGCAGUGGGAUAUGUCUCUCUGAGAGCAGCUGCUCAGACUCCAUGUUUGUAGUCCAAGACAGCAGCUGUAGUGAUGGAGGAAGUGGAACUCCUCUGAGCGACCGAGCCUCCCUCAUGUGGCUGGACCAGGACCAGGACUCACAGGAGGAAGGAGGGGUACAUUCAGAUGGAGGUUUAAAAGACGGAGAGAAGAACGAUUCGUGCUCCAUCCUCCCUCCAGGAUCCCUCCUCCUUCAGGGUCCAGAGAAGCAGAUGAUCACAGGAAAGGCCUCAGAAGCGGAGGUCAUCCCUCCAACACCAGAUGUUGAUCUAUUGCUGGAGUGCACCUUCUCCUAUAUGCAAAACGCUGAUGAAGAUGAUGGACAAGAGCAGCAGCCAUUGGAGGAGCAAGAUGAUGGGUAUCUGAGCCCUCUGAUUGGACCAGAGGCGGAGGAUGGGGAUGAGGAUGAUGAGGUGGGCAACCUGGUGCCCCCUGCUGGCCUGGCAGACCAGAUGUUUUACUCCACUGUGUCCACUCGGGACAGAGAACCCAGUUUGUCCAGUGAUGAAGAGGGAGACAUCUACUGUCACACGCUGCCUGCAGCUGGCAGCAGAGGAGACGUCCUCACCUGUUCGUCCAUUCAGGCGGAAAAGAGUAGAGACAGCCAGGCGGACCAGGACGCUCAGGACAGAGACCGACACAAACCUGACCAGUUGGCAGAAAGCUGGAUGGGAUACUUAGGCCCAGGGUGCGGAAUACUGACCCUGCAGGUGACAGACAGGUAUGUGUGGUGUCUGGACUUCAAAGGAGGACUAUUCUGCAGCACUUUGCCUGAAAGUGGGCUCAACUGGCAGCGAUUUGAAGACAACGUCCACCAGGUGGCGUUAUCACCUUCAGGUAAUCUGCUGUGGAAGGUGGAGCAGAAGAGCAUGACAGCGUUUGCUUGUGCUAAAGUGUCAGUUAAAGGAAAACGUCACUGGUACAAAGCUGUGGAGCAAACAGCGUUUGUCGCUCUGAGUGACGACUCCGCCUGGAUCAUCAGGACCAACGGCGACCUCUACCUGCAGACAGGUCUGAGCGUGGAGCGUCCAUGUGCUCGUUCUGUGAAGGUCGACGCCCCCUGUGUGUUCAGCCAGGUGUGUGUUAGAGGGGGCGUGGUCUGGGCUCUGAGCGAACACAAGGCUUUAUUCUACAGAGAAGGACUGAACAGCUACUGCAGCGAGGGAGAGGGCUGGAAGUACGACACCGUCAGUGAGGCUCAGGGUCUGGACCUGAUGUGCGUUGCCCUGGGAGAGGGGGGAACGUCCUGGGCUCUGGACGCCAGUGGCAGCCUCUGGUUCAGGACAGGAAUCUGUUCGUCCAAACCACAGGGAGACGACGACCACUGGUGGCAGAUCAGUAUUUCGGACUACGUCGUGUUCGAUCAGGGAAGUCUGUUCCAGACGCUGCUGCAGGCGACGCAGAGUGUUGCCACGGUAACCAGGGCCCCGGUGGAGCGGGUGGUGGCAUUUCUGUCUCAGUACUCUCAGUGUCAGCCGAGCCUGGUUAGUGCUAAUGCCGGCGGAGUCUGGGUCGCAUCAGGACGGAACCAGCUGCACCUGGCCCGCGGCAGCCUUGUAGGAACAUUCUGGCAGAACGUCGUUCCCAGAGGAACCGUGUCGGCCACCAGGUGGAGCUUCAUCACGUGUUCAGUGGUUCCUCACAGAGAAGGUGCUCUGCUGUGGUUGGCUCAGAGCAGGAAGGAUCUGUUCUGUGUUUGGGAUCAGGAUGGAGAGCUCCGCCCCUCUUCUGUCCCUCUCUCACCUGAGAUGGAGCUGACUCACCUGUCUGCCUGUCCUGAUGCUCUGUGGGGUUUGGACACUCAUGGUCGAGUUAGAAUUCGUACACUGUCUCCGUCCUGUCCCACCGGACUGAACUGGACCACACUGGACCUGAGUCAGCUUGGAAAUGUUCGUCUGGUCAGUCUGAGCUGCGGCAGUCAGAACAUCUGGGCCGUCGACAGUCUAGGAGUUGUUUACUUCAGGGUUGGAACUCAACCGCUGAACCCGAGCAUGAUGCUGCCAGCCUGGAUCCACAUAGAACCACCUGUACAGCCAAUAGGAGUGCAGCUGGUCAGUGUUCAGACGAGUCCUAACGACCGUCUCCUCUGGGCCGUGGACAACAGGGGAACCGUCUUUGUGAGAACUGGACUCAGUGAUGAGAUGCCUGUCGGGACGGACUGGGAGCUGGUACCAGGGUUAGCAGUGAGUCAGCUGGUCCUCAGCUGUCGGACAGUUUGGGUUCGGUGUGUAAACGGAGAUUUGGCUCGACGUUACGGCGUCGCUGACCGAAACCCUGCAGGAGAUUACUGGAAGAAGAUUCCUGGAAACGCCAACUGGUUAACUGUGACUCCAGAGGACGAGCUGUGGGCAGUGACGCUGGUCGGUGGUUUGUCCCGUCGGCUGACAAAGCUCCUCCCACAGACUCCCUGUAAACCCGCCUCCUCAGGCCCUGCCCUCAGUAGCGACGACGUUGAAGAUGAAUGGGAGCUCAUCUGAACUCUGACAUCACUAUGAUGUCAUUACUGGUUCAUGUUGGUCUGCCUGAGCUGGAUUCACCUGGCGGAACGCACUGACAUCACCAUUAUCAUUUCCUUUGACUUUCAAGUCUAGAUAAUAUGAUCGCACUAUAGAGAGCCCAGGUGGCCUCUGGGAAAACAUGUAAACUUAUUCUUUUGUUUUAACAGGAGACCCUUUAAUAUCUGAUGGGGUGAUGGUGGACAGGGAUUCACUGGGACUAAAUCUGCUUAUUCUGGUUCUACUGGUUUUAACUUGUUUUCACUCAUUAUGACAUUAAAGUGACAUUGCACUACACUUCA